GGGGACGCAUCAAUCGAUUGAAUGGCAAAUGGCCGACACAGUCCCUCUCUGGUGUCCACACGCGGAUGCAUUAGCUAGCAGCAAAGAGACAAAGUUUUCUGUCUCCGUACGUCCCAAAAUUGGAAGCUAACGCUUUGUAACAGACAACAGACAUCUGACACAAUACCACACAAGUCCACGUUCAUCUUUCUUAGCCUUUAAUUCACACCGGGCACACCCACAAGGAUCGACUCUAUAGAUAUGUAUAUAGGGAGGCUGACGCAGCCGUAAACAGCACCGCCAACGGAACUGCGUGCGUGAACGCCGUUGCGUUCUCAGGGGGAGCCUCUGUACUGCUGCCGUCAUAAUCCAUGAACUCCUGCAUAAUCACAAAACACACGGGCGUCGUUCGUGUGUGUGUGUGUGUGUGAAAUAGCCUACACACGGGCCCAACUCGCAGUCCGCCCUUCCGACUCUGCUCCUAAAAUGACUCCAUCUGCAUGGGGACACAGAAGGACACGCCCGAUACUCUGCCUUCCAUGAGUCAUGACUCACACGGGCAAACAGUGCAGGUCCUGGAGCCGCUCGUAUUCGUAUACGUCCCCAUGGGACAAGGCUCACAAAACGUCUGCUGUAUUUCGUCUUGAUAGGUGCCUGGUUCACACGGAAUGCACUUCUCUUGACCUAAAGCCGCACAAAAAGAGACAAAAAGGCCCAAAUACACUGUCGAGAGCACAUGGAUAAGUCUCACCUUCCUCAGACUGAAAAGACCCUUGUGGACAGGGCUGGCACGCCCAAUCAGCAUCCGCGAACUGCCCUGCGGGACACCGCGAUGGAAGAGACCUGCAGAGUAAGAUGAAAUGAAUGGGAACAGUCACGCGUUAGGCGUCCAUUGUGCAAUUGCAUAUGGAUCACCUGGGCACAUCCGUAGUAUUACCGGCAAAUCGCCAGUUCUCAUACCAUGUCAUCUCUGAAGCCUUCCACGAAUACGACGCAGCUGCAGUCAGGCAAUACAGACUUGCUUGCCUUGCCUGACUAGCCAUUGCCCCACGAUGUCUGCUGUGACAUAGUUGUGUACCUUCUGUUAUGAAGGGAUUACCCCCUUGUGCUGUUAUAAAGGGAUUCUCUCCUUGUUUCUUGUUAUCAUUACGAUCUUCGUCAAUUCGAUAGAACAGGGUUAUUGAAGGGGACUCGAGACGGUUGCCAGUGGUCGGAUCAAAGCUGACGGUGCCACCGAUGCCUGAGACACAUCGAUAUAUAUACAUUCAAGAAAGACACCGAAUGGGCAGAACUGCAUCCACACCAGGAACUGGCUCCAUGGUCUCGAUCUCAUGCUUCAAAAGGUCGCCACGGAUAUCUGCCAUGGCCGUGCCAUUAUUGAGCAGUCUGUUUGUGGCGACUAAGAUCGCCAUCAUGCCAUCGAAGGCACGGCCACCCUGAUGAACAACAGAAUAUAUCGACUACACAUGCGCCGCAGCCAGUUCUUGUUUGGGCCUCCAUGUCUGAGUGUGCCAAUGAUGUAAUCUGCUACCUCUCCAAAAAGCACCUGUAUGACACAGGACACUCAGGGGACCGUAGGGAGGGGGGAAAGGCAUGUAUGUGUGUAUGUGGAUCUAACCGGAUCGGGCUCUGGAAUCCCGUUUGGAGGCUUGCCGGUGAAGAUAUCGGUGUCACUGUAGCUGGGGUUAAUCAACCAACGAUGUACAUAAUUCUCCGCAAGACCGCCAUGGUAGAAAACACCUGAACAACGCCCACCGCUCUGUCUCGCCGCCACCAACUUUUGCUCUUUCUGGACCAUCCGUGCAGCUGCUCUCGCUCGUGACAGUGCGAUCACAUGCUCCUCCUUGUUCGCAGCCGCCUGAGCGCAACCAGGGAUACCCAUAGCAGCAAGGAAAAUAACAAAGACAGAAGUCUGCGAUCACCACACGGGCAUUCAUACGCUUUUUCACAUCUAAUCUGCUGCCCAACAAAGUCUCAUCUUACCAUAGAGGUAGCAAUGCAUUUGAUCAGGGAAAUCCGCUGGGCUCAGAGUGCUCCAGAACUGUACAAACCUGAAAAGCAGGCCAUCGGCCAAGACAUCGAUAUAUGCGCACAUACAUGUGCAAACUCAAUGCCUCACUCUGGGUAUUUCUCUCUGUCGCGCACGUCGGGGAAUUCCAGCAUGCCGCCGGCGAAUUGACUGAUAACGGAUUGAUCCCAAAACGCAGGGAACUCAGCGGGACCCCAAUCGGGAUUGGUGGGAAUACCAACAAACCUUCAGCUCAGCGCAAAAAUCCCAUACGUUGACAUCCAUACAGUUUGAUGUAUUUUCACGCGUUUCCUCGCUGACCGACCCUUCGAUGCUAUGAAAGAUGUCCAGGGCCAUGAAUCGCCAGAAAUAAGCCUCUCCUACGAGUCCCUUUUCGAUGAUCAGCGGCAAAAAGACCGAAAAGCCUUUCUGCAUACAAUGCAAGACAACGUAUACUGUGGCACAUAUACACAUGUGUUUGUGCUUAUACGCUCAGAUAGAGGACGAAGAUUCGACUAUUCAAUUCUUCGAGGGAGCGGUCGAUUUGGCUGCUCCUGAUGGCGCAACAAGCGCGUACACACAGAGACGGCAGGAGAGAGAGAGAGAGAGAUGGCGAGGUAGGGAGGAAGGAGGGAAGGAAGAAAGGAAGAAAGGAAACUGGCAUUGUCAACGGAAUGCUGACGUGAGCGGGAGCACGGCUGUGUCGUACCAUCGCUCUUUGGUGGCUUGCACAGCUUUCAGAAAAACAUUUCUCGAGUCGAACUCUGAUUCGCUGGGGAAUACAGACAGGGGCUCACCGCGAAGCUACACAAAGAGCAAAUGCACAGACAGCCAAAGCACAUGCUGGGCGCUGCCGCUACGCGCAGAGACAUCAUCUCCUUCCUUCAACUACCACGCUCACACUGACCGUGGAUCCGUCGAUGUUCUUAGUGCAGGCUUCAAGACGAUUGAACCAAGAGCGCCCUGCCGAGAACAAAGUCACAGCAUGCGCGCUUGCCUGUCUGCCUAUAUGUCUGCCUCUCCUGCUUACCGAGGGUGUCGUCAGCGUAAAAGAAAGUGAUUCGUUUGAAGUCGAAUUUGUCGAUAAUGCUCACCUCCGGCCCGCAUGCCUGACUAGUCUGUAGCGUCCUACAUAUGCAACCAGAUGCGCUCAUAUUGGUCGACACUCAUUCAAUUGUACUCAUCUGUCUGACUGUCUGCUCAUGCUAUUGCCACCAUUACUCACCUGAAGAGAUAGGGGAAGAACUUUCUUUGCUGAAGGUCGGAUGAGCCAGAAAGGUCAGAUAUUUGGACGGUCUUGUACGCCGCGCCUGACCAUAUGACCAUGCGUGCAGCGAGACGGUAUGCUUUGGUUCCUGCCUACCGAGGGACGCGACUGAUUGAGUAAUGAAUGAGACGUGAUAACAUAGAAGCGCAUUCAAUACACACAACACAACACGGAGGAGACAGAUUCACGCGGAGUGCCUGUUAUACGCCUGCACAUGGAUUCCUUGCUCCUUCGUGUGGCCAAAUAAGCUGCGAAGCCCAUUUAAUCGUCCGAGCCUGAGGCACACAGGAGGAAUGUAUGAGAAUCCGAAACACCCAGUGGCAUGUCAAGAGUGGGGUAGUCAAGAGUCGUGUACUGGAUCUGCAAGCGUGUCGAGUAUAUCUAUGGUUAUGUUGAAGUCUCUCUUGUCUGCUGCUGCUACGGGCAUCAAGGUGGGGUAUUCCUUGUCCCACACAAGCUUGGCGACCCAUGCCUGAAUGGGGAAUAUCCACGCGGCUUGCAAAUACCUGCAUGGCCACCCACGAGCCAUCCAACACACAAAGCAGACAACCGCCCGACAUGUGUGGGCCGAUUCGUGUCCUCACCUAAAGUCUCCGCCAUAUGCAAGUUCGAGGGUGCCGUCGACCUGAGCCCCCGAAGGCACGGCACCAAGGGAGAGGAAAAGGACCAACGUCGCCGCCACGUCGAUUGACAUGAGGGGCCGGCUGUCAGGGGCUAUGGUGGAGCCCCCGGACGCCAAAAAGAGGCCAGACGGCGCGAACGUGUGUGGACGUGCAAGCUUAGCUUGCCACGAUCGCAAAAGGGUCUGCCUGGAGGGGAAGUGAACGGCACGAGUGGUGCAUGCAACGACAGCAUGAGGCAGUCGCAGUUUCUUUCAAUUUCAUGUGAAAGACACUGCUUUUUGUUUCUUUCUGCUGGAUGAUGGUGUACAUUCACCUCACGACGAGAAUCACAAGUAGAUCGUCCUGCCUGGGAUCCAGAUCCGGGCCGCCGUUUUUGG